UCAUCUGGAUACACUCCGCAAUCGGACAGCCUCGCAGAGGCCAGCGGCGGGAAUCAUUCUGCCUGCCUCGUCCCCUCAGGACACAUCUAGCAGGAGGCAGUGCCCCGGGCCUUGGCACGACAGUGAAACAGGCACCGAGGACUGCCCGCGGAGCAGCCAGGGGUCCCGCCUUCAAAAUCAAACUGGCAACUGCCAAGCUGGAGCCGUCAAAGCCGAGCCUGGAACGGCGUUUGCCCGGACCAAGGCGGAAGCCGGAGCAUUUGGGAGACGGGACCGCGGGAUCCCGGAAACGGCCGGGCCGCAGCAGGCUGGCUGCUGCAAAGGCGGCAGGAGCGGUCGGCGCUGCGCGUCAGGGCUCGCGGGGGACCCGGCUGGCUCCGGAGCCUGGGGCUCCCAGUGGAGCUGAGCCGCGGCCCCGAGCCGGCCGAGCUGCACGGGAGGCAAAUGAAGAUAAAAGAAUGUCUGCCAACCUAAAAUACCUUUCCUUGGGAAUUUUGGUCUUUCAGACUACCAGUUUGGUUCUUACAAUGCGUUAUUCUAGGACUUUAAAAGAGGAGGGCCCUCGUUACCUAUCUUCUACAGCAGUGGUUGUUGCUGAACUUUUGAAGAUAAUGGCCUGCAUUUUAUUAGUUUACAAAGAUGGCAAAUGUAGUCUCAGAGCACUGAAUCGAAUCCUACAUGAUGAAAUUCUUAAUAAACCUAUGGAAACACUUAAACUUGCUAUUCCAUCAGGAAUAUAUACUCUUCAGAAUAAUUUACUCUAUGUGGCACUGUCGAAUCUAGAUGCAGCUACCUAUCAGGUCACAUAUCAGUUGAAAAUUCUUACAACAGCAUUGUUUUCUGUGUCUAUGCUUAGUAAAAAACUAGGUGUGUACCAGUGGCUCUCCCUAGUAAUUUUGAUGACAGGAGUUGCUUUUGUACAGUGGCCUUCAGAUUCUCAAAAGCUUGAGUCUAAGGAACUUUCUGCAGGCUCUCAGUUUGUAGGCCUCAUGGCAGUUCUCACAGCAUGUUUUUCAAGUGGUUUUGCUGGGGUUUACUUUGAGAAAAUCUUAAAAGAAACCAAACAGUCAGUAUGGAUAAGAAACAUUCAGCUUGGUUUCUUUGGGAGUGUAUUUGGAUUAAUGGGUGUAUACAUUUAUGAUGGAGAAUUGGUGUCAAAGAAUGGAUUUUUUCAGGGAUAUAACCGUCUGACCUGGAUAGUUGUCAUUCUUCAGGCACUUGGAGGCCUUGUAAUAGCUGCUGUUAUUAAGUAUGCGGAUAAUAUUUUAAAAGGAUUUGCAACAUCUUUAUCCAUAAUAUUAUCAACAUUGAUAUCCUACUUUUGGCUACAAGAUUUUGUGCCAACCAGUGUCUUUUUCCUUGGAGCCAUCCUUGUAAUAACAGCUACUUUCCUAUACGGUUAUGAUCCCAAACCUGCAGGCAAUCCCACUAAAGCAUAGCCAUAUACUGUCUUUAGCUGGUUUUUCACAAUGGUGCACUAGAAAUCUCAACAUUAAUCUUGCACAGAGGACUUCUACAGAUUCUAAGAAGAUACCAUCACACUGAAUCUGAUAUUGUUGAAAUGGUCUGAAAAUAUAAAAGUGUAAGGACAAAAUAUGUGUACUUAACAAAAUACCUAUUGCAUCUAGAAAUCAAAGCUUGAAAGUAUUUCCAGGGAUUAGAAUAAUUAUUGGAGAAAACAUGAAAUCUGAGUUUUAAAAGAUUUUACCUUUUUGAUUGCUGCAGAAAUGUCCUAUGCAUUCUUUGCAAGAGCACACAACAAAUGUCAGAUAAUUUUUGAAAAUUUGAUCUAUUUAAUCUUAUUAAAUGUUUUUUAUCUUACUCUUUCUGUACCAGUAUAUCAAAUCACAUGGAAUAUUCAAACUUUGAAAACUAUAAUUACCUCUUAAGCUGUGAAGAAAUAGAAGUAUGAUUUGGAAAACAUUUUCAUGUAUCAGAUUUUUAUAUUUAUACAAAAGAUUACUAAUCAAAGGAUUGCUAAAUGUUCUUUGUUCAACUACAUAGAAAUUGAUAAAGUAAUGUUCUGAGUUUGAUUUGUCAGAGAAUAAAAUUCAUUUUAAAUUUAACGAAGAGAAAUAUUUAUUUCUCCAUCUACAUUUUAAGAUCUUGCAGUGCUUCAAAACUGCUGAAAGCAAUCCAUUUGCUCCUGUGCUAGGUAUUAGCCAGUAACUUCCAUUAGUCCAUUAGUGGAGUUUUGUCCUUAAUUCUUAACUGCAUUUAUUUUCUGUAAAUCAGAUAAAUUCUUAAUAUUACUUUAAAUUUCUCUGUGCAUUUAAUUUCCAUGAAAUAUUUAAAAUAUAAUUUAAAGGGAUUAAAUACUCAUUUAAUAAUUUAAAAUAAUUAUUGUCUUAUCUCCAUUUGGAGAACUUUGAACUGUCAAAGCAUAUACUGUAUAAAAUUAGAAUGUUUUUAAAUUAAUAUUUCACUCAUCAAUCUAUAAAAACUUCCUUUAGUCUACAACUGUUAACAAACCAAAAAAAAAAAAAGGAUAGAUGUCAAUAAAUUGAGACCAAAUGACUUUUCUUAGAGACAUUCCAAAUUGCCAUGAUACUAUUUUAUUUCAAGUGGCACUGUAACUAUAAAUUCAGGGCUGCUCAUAAGAACUUUUAAGGCACCUCAUAAACUCAUCCCCAGGAAUAUUCUGAUCACAUGUCUGAGAGAGGUAGCCAAAUUCUGAGUUCCCUUCCAGUGGCCCCACAAAAGCUGCUGGGAAGGAGCCACCACUUUGCAUUAAAACAGUGGUUUCUUUUCCAUCUUGAUAAGCACUGGAGUUGAAGUUGCACAUUACAUGAGUUAUUUAAUAAAUUGGUUCAAAGGAGAAAAAAUAUAGUAGAAACAAUAAGAUGAACUGGUGGGCAAAAAUACUUUCUAAAAUUGGAAUAUGGGUUUAAUUUAAUUAUUGACUAUAGACAAAAAUACUUAUUGUGUAUAAGUGAUUUCUUUUUGUACUUUUUAAAAAGUCUCCCAUUCUAAUAGAACUAUGAAAAAUAAGUAUUUUAUAUAGUUCUAAUGGAUUUUAUUAUAUAGAACUUGGCUCAAAAAUACCAUGUUACAAACUGUUAGGUACUUUUGGCUAAUUAGGAUGGGCUGUGCUACUUUGCUGAUGCAAACCUAGUCUCUACAGGACAUAGGCUUAAUCUAUCUAUUUUGUCCAGAGUUUAAAAGUGUUUAAAUUAUGAAGUAUUUUAAUCCAUUUGCUGGUGAUUCCAAAUUGGCACCAAGCAAGCUUUCUGGAAGCCUGAAUUAUGAUAGUCAGUGACCACCUUUUAGAAUAUGUAUUUGUUUAAUAACUCUACCACAUUUCUAGCAUGGUCUUUUUAGACCACAACAACAUGCAGACUUACAUUUAAUUACCUACUGCUAAAUUCUGGAAAUGCACAGAAUUCAAUACUAAAUAUAAAAAUGUAUGUUCAGCCCACAUUGAAGUAAUGGGUACAUAUGUAUUCAGUGUGCAUUUACAAUUAAUUGUUAAUUCAGGUUUAGUCUGUCCUUGUUUUAACACUUCAAAAAUGAUACAAGCAAAUAAUUGAAUAUCAGACAUAUUACAGUAAUAAUAUAUUUUCAGGUGUCCAAAAUAACACAAUUAUCAAUAUUCCCAACAAAGAAUAAAAAUAUAAGACUUGUAAGAAAGGACAAAAUAGUCUAUUUUCAAAACAAAUUUUUAUUAGGCAUAAUUUAUAGUUUUCUAGGAAGCUUGAAAAAAUUAUUAGAGAUUGGGCUGUGUAGCUUAUAUUUUAAUUCAUAAAGAAAUAAUCAUAUUUGAGAAGGUGGAGCUGUAUCCUAGAUCAUGUCAUAUAUACAGAUAAUGCCAUUUUCUUGUGUGUGUGGUCUGUUUUUAAUGACCUCCAAAAGCCUUAUUAUAUCAAUCUUUUAUAAUAAUGACUCCCUGAUUACUUAAAUUCUUAUACUUUUUAAAGUAUACUUAUCUCUCAACUACUUUGUUCAUUAUAAAAAACAUGCUAAUCUAUAGGAUUACAGUGCCAAUUGGUAGUUGUAUUGAAAAUUAAGAAUAUAGUAUCUGGGAAGAAAAGUUUGAAAUCCAACAUGUAGAUGUUUCACCACAAAUUGUAUCAAUUCUUUAAAAAGUGAUUUUAUAGAAGUUGUAGGCUACUUUUAUGGUGGAAAUGUAGUUUAGAGAUGCAAAACUUAAAUGUUUACAUCAAUUUUUAUUGACUAUCACAAUUUCAUAGAAGGAAAAGUAGUUUGGUAUUUAAACUAGAUUCUAAGGAAACAAAAUUGAAAUGAAACUAGUUGACUGUGCUUAGUAGACUUACUGUAAUUCUGACUGACCUUAAGAAUUGAUACUUCUACAUAAUAAAUUAUUGGACUUUUAAAAUGUCAUUGUAUAGUCAAUUCAACUGUGUUUUGUUUUUAAAAACAAAGUUUAGGAUCAUUUGUUUUAUUUACACUUUCAUUUUUACAUUAUUUAAUUACAUAUGGAUGUAUGCUUUACAUAAGAAAAGGUUUAUUAAAGAUAUUUAUGCUAUAUUGAAAGUCAUCUUAAGAAUCUUCCAGAUAUUUAGCAUAUUUAAACUAAUUGCAAGACCAAAGAAAAAGCACCUUAAUAAAAAUCUGGUCCUUUGUGCCUUGCUUUACCAAAUAUUUGACUUUUCUGGAAGAAUUACUGUAACUCACAACUGUGGACACAUGGGAAUUAGGACAUUUUAAGAAUAACUAUAAUUCAAUUUUUGAUUGUUUCAACAUUUUUUCUUUAAAUCUAUUAUACAACAGAAUGUUAAAUUAGGUAUAUUAUAUAAACAUUAGCAAACAGUACUUAUUUAAAUAAAUUAUGCCAAUUUUGCCCCAUCAUUGAGCUUUUGAAACUUUAACAAUUGUAUAUAACCGUCAUUUUGUUGUUUUAUUUCUAAGAUAUAAUUUACUGUGAUUUUUUAAAUGUUUUUAAUCAUUUGAAUUCUGAAUUUGUCUAGAUGUCUAUGUAUUUCAUUUAUUUAGAAAGAUUAUUUUGGGUUUGGUAAUGUGAUAUGUAUAUUUAAAUUUUUUAUGGACGUAAUUUAGAGGAUGUAUACAUUGGUCUUUUGUUAAAUAGCUUUUAAACUGAUAAAUUUCUCUCUCUGUCUUUUUUUGUUAUCCAUUUAUUAUCUACUUAGUAGAUUCAUGGAGAGUAUUUUAAUAAAUAACCAUGUAAAUGUC